AUGGGGUCUACCUGGCCGAUCAUCAUUUUCAGCUCCAUUAUAGCCACCGGAGGACUGAUUUUUGGAUAUGACAUCGGCACUAUAGGAGGUAUGAUCGACAUGCCUGCUUUCAUCCAUACGUUUGGUGAUCACAGAACUGGCGGUGAAACCGCCUUCCUCAGUAUCACUAAAGGAGCAUUAAUUGGGAUUUCCAGUCUAGGCGGGUUUGUUGGUGGCAUCCUCAGCAUUUUAUUAAUAACACCAUUUGGGCUUAGAGCGACAAUUUUCUCAGCAGGCGUCAUUUAUGCCGUUGGAAAUCUGGUGACUGCUACCGCGUCCGUGUGGAUCCAGGUGAUGUUUGGCCGGGCAUUCAACGGAAUGGCCAAUGGCAUUAUAUGCGUGACCUGUCCCAUGUUGAUCAGCGAGCUGGCGCCUGCCAGUAUGCGAGGUGGAAUGAUAUGCAUUCAGCAACUGCUCACUACCGUUGGUAUUCAGAUUGGGGCCAUCACCAUGUAUUUUAGCCAGUCACUCUUCGACAACACAAACACAUUUCAAUUCAAAGUGCCCUUGAUCCAAGGGCUUUUUUGGGCCAUUGCAGUCUGUGUUCUCAUUUGGUUUGUACCCGAAUCCCCCUACUGGUAUCUCACAAGUCGCAAACUGGUCGAAAAAUCUAAAAUGUCGGUAGCUCGAGCACGUUCUUUAGAGGUUAAUGACCCAGGAGUGCUCCGGAUCGUAGCUAUCAUGUUUAACAACCACAGCUACGAGGACGAGGAUGCAAAUCUUAAAGAAAAGAGCUCAAUCAGAAAAGGAGAGCCCAAGUACCUGCUGCGCACGCUGACCGGUAUUAGUGUGCUCUGCUGCCAGCAGCUUACAGGCAUCAACUAUUUCUUUUUCUUUGGCACCACGAUUUUUGCUACAAUCGGCCUCACAAACCCAUAUCUGGUACCAAUUUUCUUUGGGUUUGUGAACCUGGUAUUUUCAGUGGCGUCGCUGUUCAUCGUCGAUCGCUACAAGCGGACCAGCUUGCUGAUGAUAGGGUCCGCAUUACUCGCCUGUUUCAUGCUGCUAUUCACCAUAGUAAGCAUGUUGUCGAAAGCCAACAUGAACGUAGCCAUGGGAGUCGUUAUGGUGUCGCUUUCAUGUGGAUUUAUAGGGGUUUUCGCUACUACAUGGGGACCGUUGAGCGGAGUGGUUGUUUCCGAACUGUAUCCGAUAGCCAUCAAAGUGAAAGCCAUGUCGAUCUGCGGGUCGAUGAGUUGGCUAGUGACCUUCGUGAUGACAUUAAUUACGCCGCCGCUAACAGAGGCCUUUGGCUUUGGCAUCGGAUUCGUGUUCUUCUUUUUCAACGUUACCGGAUUUGCAUUGGUGUACUGGCUGGUUCCAGAAACUAAAGGUCUGCCAAUCGAACGGCUAGACGAAAUAUACGAACAGCGGUGA